GCCGCCCUGCCCUCGCCACGACAUGGCGGCCGCGCGCUGCCUGGGCUGGCGGCUGUCACCUCUAUGGAGACUGUGGCAGCCCCGGGGGGUGCCACAAAAUUCGGCCACGGGCUUGUGCCCGCGAGGGAGGACUUACUCCCGCACCGCCCUCUAUGAGCUGCUGGGCGUCCCCCCCACGGCCACGCAGGCCCAGAUCAAAGCGGCGUACUACCGGCAGAGCUUCCUCUACCAUCCUGAUCGCAAUCCCGGCAGCACCGAGGCCGCCGAGCGCUUCACGCGCAUCUCCGAAGCUUAUCUGGUCCUGGGCAGCACCAUCCUCCGUCGCAAGUAUGACCGAGGUCUGCUCAGAGACCAGGACCUGCGCGGACCCGGUGUCAAGCCCUCUAGGACACCCCCGGCCGAUCCCACUCCUCCACACCCUCCUCCCUAUACUCCUCGGGCUCACGAUGGCUCUCGGGCCGCUACCGGCGACCGUCGCACUGUGUUCGACUUUGACGCCUUCUACCAGGCGCACUAUGGAGAGCAGCUAGAGAGAGAGCGGCGUCUGCGCGCCCGGAGGGAAGCCCUUCGCAAAAAGAAGGAGGGCCAGUCCAACAAGGGGCUCCGCUGGGACGAUACCCGAGAUGCCACUUUCUUUAUCCUCAUUUUUCUCAUCUUCGCCUUCUUCGGGUCCCGUAUUUAAUCGGAGAAAAGGAGGGAAGGGGAACCAGCCCAAGAAACUUGCCUUUCUUGACCUUUGAACUAUUGGUUGCCUUUCUUAACCUUUGAACUAUUGGUCUUGGAUUGAAUUGACUACCUCUAGUGGCGUUCUCUGGACUCUCCUAGCACCUUUCCAGCCUGGCUGGUGAUCAACACAUCCUUCUCCUAUGGUCCAGAAAAAGAGGCUCUUCCGUGACCAAGAAAGAGCCCCCAGGAUAAAGACACCCGAAAACUAGCCAUUUAAGUGCUUUCCAGAGUCCCCUGGAUGCCGGUUUGUUUCUAGAAGUUGCCUUCCAGAUGUCAACUCCCAGAACCAUUGCUCUGGUUUUAUCCAGAAGCCGCGAGCAAGCUCUGUCUUGUGCCCUGCCACAUGUUUAUACCAUGGGGUAGCACUUCCUCUGUAACCUUUGAACAGUGCAGUACGCCUGGGUUGUCCGCUGCCAAAAAGAUUUAAUUCUUGGGGCUUGCA